CCCCUGGCAGGCAUCAUCCCCCCUCAGCCAGUCUGACCGCCCACAGUCCGGGGGGAGAAAGUGUUGCUUUGUGAAUGAAGGGAGCGGCGGAGGAGCUGCAGAAAACAAACUUUACCUCAAUUAUUGUUGUACAUUCAGCCGGAGGAAGGUUUCGACGGUGCAACAAGCGACGCCUGACCGACGAGGACCGAGAAAAACACAAAGCUCCCCUGUCUGGUUAUUUUGGAGGAGCUGUAAAUCAUGGUGGUCAGUUUGGCCUGCGUGACUUGUCUCUUCCUGGUAACGGUGGUAGUCAGUGGUGACCCCUGCCUCAUCAUCAGCGAGAUCAAUGCCGACAACCCCAGACUGGACACCACUGAGUUUGUGGAGUUGUACCACACCAGCGGACAGCGGGCUUCACUGGAUGGCUACACCCUUGUGUUCUAUAAUGGGAAUGGAAACAUAGCCUACAAAGUGCUGGACCUCAAAGGCCACAGCACAGACGACAGGGGGUUCUUCCUGGUGGGCUCGGUGGACAUGAUGCCUAAACCAGCCAUCCUCCUGCCUCCCAACACAGUCCAGAACGGCCCAGACGCCGUCGUCCUUUACCACACAUCUGCUCAUCGCUACAAUGAGAAGAUGAACGUCACUUCCAUGGGGCUGGUGGACGCUGUCGUGUACAUGACCCGUCGCACUGGGGGCGCAGAGUUCCUCGCCGAGACUCUGACACCAGGAGAACCAGCCUUCGUAGAGGAUGAAGCAGCCCUUGAGGGAGACGAGUCCAUUGAGAGGUGCCUGCUGUCUGAGGAUCGCUGGGGCUUUCAGGUGUCCUCGCCCUCCCCAGGUCAGAGGAAUAACUGCACACCGCCUGCCGCCCCGGCAACCAGCCCCGUCAUCACUGAGCUGAAGCUGGGAGGAGGGCAGGUGGACGGGUUUGUGGAGCUAACGGUGGCUCCAGCUGCUGGUCCUCUGGUGCUGGUUGUACUGGAUGGGAGAACAGACAGGGUCAGUGUGAGCGUGGACGUGAAUGUGGACACCUCCAGGAACGGGUUGAUCUCUUUGAUCAUAGAGAAGAACUUCAUGAAAGGAGAUGAGUCAGGGGCAGUGGCCGUUUACAGUGGCAGAGCCUCAGAUUUCCCGGUUGGCAGUCAGCUGAGCCAGAUACAGCCUCUAGAUGCAUUUGUGUUUGCUGGACCUGGAAAUAUGCCAAGUGCCAACCUCACAGAGACUCUAAUCCCAGGCCGAGAGCCCUACCAACUCAGCACCAGUUUGAGAGAGGGAGGCUUCUAUCUGAGUCGCUGUGGUGUGGCCACCUGGGCCAGAGAUCCUGGUGUCUUCUGGGAGGCCCCGCAAACUCCUACACUGCCCAACCAGUGCCCCUGGCCUAAGAACUGCCCGCACAGUAAUGUGAUUCCAGGAGGUACAGAUUCACCAUCCCACCUCCCACCCUGGGGGAACAGUGACUUCCUGAUCAAUGAGCUGAACACUGACACACCUGGCGCAGCUGAGGAUGGCGAGUACAUCGAACUCUGGCACCCAUCAGGACGCCGGGUCUCCCUGCAGGGCAUCUGGAUACUACUGUUCAGUGCGCACAACAACAAACCCUACAGAGAGAUCAGCCUGAGUGGACACUUCACCACGUCUAAGGGCUACUUUCUGCUGGGCAGUGACAGGUUGGUGCCAGCUCCAUCACUCCGCCUGCCUCCUAAUACCAUCCAGAACGGACCAGAUGCUGUGGCACUCUAUCGCAAUCCGUACGGUCCACCGUCAGCCGCACAAAGGGGGAUCCCCACCAAAGGCCUGCUGGAUGCUGUGGUGUACCGGCAGAGAGGGUCAGACAAAGAGGCCCAGGAGCUGAGUAAAGCUCUGACCCCAGGACAGCUGCCUCUGCUGGAGGAUCCAGAGGUUCUGCCUGGUGAUGAGGCCCUUAGCCGCUGUAGAGGCCUUUACCCCUAUGACCUGUCUGCUUUUUCAGUGGCUCCACCCACACCUCUGAGGGAGAACAGCUGCCCCCGCCCCCCUCCAGCCCCCGAGGGUGUGGUCAUCAGUGAGGUGGCUUCUGGCCAUUGGACCAAUCACAGCCAACAGAGGGCCUUUGUGGAGCUGCAGGGCCCCCCCAUGACAGACCUACGGGGCCUGGUGCUCUCUGUGUUUGACCAGGAGCGCAGUGGGACUGUCAUUGCCCUUCCUUUGACCGGAUCUGUUGACCAGGAUGGAUUUUACAUAAUUGGAAAUGUCACUGGAGCAGAUCAGACUUUCCCGGAGGGCUCCGUGGUGCCGGUACGAGGAGCAGUAGUCCUGUGCUAUGACCUGUUCAGUGUCUGUAGAGCUGGCACUGCUCUGACAAACUCCAGUCUCAGAGAUGUACUGGUUUUCAGUGAAAACCAGCUGCUGCUCUCUUCUCUGUCCACCACCAGAGGGAACCAAGUCAUUCCAGUUGCCAGGUCAGUGGAAGACGGUCCUGUUUCACUUAGCCGCUGUUCAUGCUGUGAGGUGAGGAGCCCCUCCUCCUGGACAAGCUCCUCCCCCACACCUCACAGCACCAACCUCUGUCCGAGCUCCGCCUUCUCAAGUAACAUUGAUCUUUGCCUCGGACCCCUGUCCAGUGACUCGCAGGAGCAGUCAGGAGGCUGUAGUGGUCUGAUCCAGGGGAAGAGGGUCGCGGAGGUGGCUGACUACCUGGAGCAGAGGUGUCACUGUGGCAUCUCUGCUUUGUAUCUCCAAGGAGCCAACUUUUCCUGCGUGUCUGGGUGGCUCAGAGUGUGGGGGAACAUCCAGGCUCUGUCGGACCAUCAGAAGGCCCUCAUCAUCCAGACAUCACACAUGAAGCCCGUAUCUGCACAGGGAGACGUCUGCUCUGCUCCAACCACAGACCGAUACACAAGCUCAGCGUCUGCCCUGGGCUUACAGAUAGGGCUCAUAGUAGCGGCGCUCCUGCUGCUAGGACUAGGAGCUGCUCUGUUCACAUUUUUCUACAGGAGGAGGCGCCCUCUGGACUAUUACACCAUGGAGCUGAGUGAACAUGCAGAGGGACUGACUGAUCUAUAAUCCAGGCACAUGGAAGUGCUCGUGUGCGUGGGAGGCCUUCAGCAGAGAGAGCGGGGGGUAAUCAGACGUUCAUUUGACCUGUGCGUAACUGAUUGUGCGGCCUUUUUGAAACAAGUGCCUACACAAGUGUCCUUCUGUGUGUCUUUGGAAGAUCCCUGAAGAAUUGACUCGUUCUUGUCUGUUAACAGCGUGGUUGGAUCCGGUGUGUGAGGCGUGUUAUAUUUCAUGGCACUGGUGACAAAAAAUGAGGCAACCCAUGAAUUUUAAAAAGAUAACAUAUUUUUCUAAAGGUGGAUGUACAACCUUUGCCUGUGAACAGUGCUGGUUACUACUUUGAAAGGAAAAGGAAGAUAAAAGGGAGGAUUUUUUUUUUUUAAAUACUUGAGUUCUAAAUGGUCAUUUUUCUUGACUUGUUUGUUUUACUGUGGAAAAAGUAUUUUAAAUCAAAAACAACCAUGCUAUGCAGGAAUCUCUAUCAACUAAAUGACCAUCACAUUCUCAGCUGGUAUGGCGUUUUAACAACCAACUUUAUAACCACGAUAAUAUUCGUCAAGCUCACAUUUAGUCUUCAAAACGAUCGACUUCCUGCUUUGUUUUCCUGCUACAUGCUGUAAAAGUCCUUUAGACUCUAGUCUCUCAGAGGGCUUGAUUGUCUUUUAAAUGUGAAUGUCUUUAGCUAACUUGUGAUGAGUGUCUGUAACCACUUUUGUAUGCUUAAAGCAAACUGUUUACAUUUUCUUGAUCGUAAAUAAGAAAAAGGAAUGUGAGAGAGCAAUUUCUUGAAUGAAAAGUAUUUGUUUUUUAGAAUUUGUUUUCAUUUGUGUUUUUUUUAAGUGGCUCAGAAACUCUGCUGUGCCUUUGUACUUCUAUUAUUUGAUCAGCUGAUUCCUCAUUUAUUUGGGGGAAACUACAGCCAUGUCUGCUGCAGCCAUAAGUGUAAAUAAUAUGGAUAUGUUGUUAUUCUCAGGGGGGGAACAGUUAUCGCCAAUCUGAAAAGAUAACUUAUUGUGGAAAUACAGAAACUAGUUGGUUUCAGAGCAAAACAUGAAAUAUUUUGAUUGGUUAAGUUAGAUUCAUUCCAAAUUGCCAAUACAAAGUGCCAUAAAAUAAUGUGUAAGCCUUCGUAUGCUCCAUUUUCAAUAUAGUUGAAGUGCCGCUUACCUUGUUAAGAGGCCUUUCUCAACUGCUGUAGUGCACAGAAUUGUAAUUGGUUUGCUUUAAUUGUCUUUGUGAGGAAACCUUUCUCCUCAGUACCAUUUUCCCUUAGUUCUAAUUUCUCAGUAUUGACAUUUAUAAUUGUCAAGCAAAAGGUACCCAAUGCAAUCAAAUUUAUUCAACAGCAACACUGCUGCUUUCAUAUGAGUUCUGCUACUUAAAAAAAAAAGAAGGAAAAACUACAUUUAAAACCAGCAAAGUCAUGUAGAUUAAGGACUCCCCCACCAUGUGUCAAUUAAUGUUCAUACAAUGUCUUAUAAUGUAAACUUCUAUAUCUCUAGGUUUUGCGUCAAAUAAACAAAAAAAUGUAAUCAAAAAGCAGAAGGAGGAAAUUGCACCACAAGAUUACACCCUAUGUAAUAUAUUGACAUGCAAAUGUGCUCUUGAAUAAUAUGUGAGAUAUGUUCGCACUGAAGAAGCUAUACAGGACUGAAGACAAUGUGUAACACGUCUGCUCAGAGCACUUGUUUAUAUGCACUUACAACAAUCAUACGAAGUGGAAAAGAAUGAGAUCCAGAGCAACAAAGUUCAAAUCUAACACAACUGGAAGGGGACCAGAAACUUAUAAAUCUUUUUGGGGACUAAAAAGCCUUUGUACAUGCAGAAAAUGUCACAGAAAACAUUGGAAAGAAAACUUUGUAUCACCUGCAUCCCCAGGUCGCAAUUUGAAAGCUUUCUUUCCGGUGUUUACCUGUGAGUUUAUUUACCACUGUUUUCCUUCCAAUUUCAUGCACAUGUAGCAGGUUUGAAAUAAAAAAAAA